AUGUCUUCGACACAAGAAGUUCCGCCAAACUGUUACAGGGUGACUGAAGAAGGCGAUAGCUUCGUCCCAAAGAACGCUAAGUGGAAAUGCAACUUUGGAAGAUCAUAUCGGCCCUACAAGAAGGAGUGCGGAGGGAGAAAUGAAGAUAUACAAAACGACAUUUGUUCCAAAUGCGGCAACAAACGUGCCAGUGGUUCAUCAGCGGACCUUGGAGAGAAGAAACCCGGCAGUAAGGAACCAGAGCCGCUUUGGAUGUUCUUCCGUGAGGAAGAUGGCACUGAAUGGUGGACAAUUCAUUUCAUUGACGACUGA